CUGUGGGAGUGAGGCCCAGUUCCCUGCGGCGGUCUAGGAGAAGCCAGGCCUGGAAGCCUCCGUUGAGACCGGAGAGACCCGGCGCCUCUACUGCCCACUGCCCAGUCAAGAUGGGGUUUAUAUUUUCAAAAUCUAUGAAUGAGAACAUGAAACGCCAACAGGAGUUCAUGCUUAUGAAUACUCGGCUUCAGAGGCAGAAUAAUGGCUCCCUAAAAACGUCCACACCCUAAUCCCUGGAACUUGUGAAUAUACUACCUUAUGUGGCAAGUGGACUUGGCCCCUGGAAGCUUCACCCUUGCUCCUUACUCCUCCUUGAUAUUUUGCCUUGGCAUUUUAGUUUUCCUGAUUUGCAUUCUGGCUGGGAGUUCCCACGGGCUCUGUCCUUCAGGUAAGCUGGAAAGGCAGCUCAUCAUGCAGAAUGAAAUGAGAGAAAGACAAAUGGCUAUGCAGAUUGCUUGGUCUCGGGAAUUCCUCAAAUAUUUUGGAACGUUUUUUGGCAUUGCAAGCGUUGCUUUAACAGCUGGAGCAAUAAAAAGGAAGAAGCCAGCCUUCUUCCUCCCUAUCAUUCCAUUAGGCUUUGUCUUUACCUACCAGUAUGACCUGGGCUAUGGAACCUUGCUACAAAGAAUGAAAGGUGAAGCUGAGAACAUACUGGAAACAGAAACGAGUAAGUUGCAGCUGCCAAAAGGAAUGAUCACUUUUGAAGGUCUUGAAAAAGCAAGAAGGGAACAGAGUAAAUUCUUCAUAGAUAAAUGAAAUCAUGUUUACCCAGAACUUCUCAAAACACAGAAUUGUUGACUUGAAUCAUGGCCUUUACAAUUUUUAAAUACUUGAGAUUUUGAUAUAAUGGAUUUUAUUUUAAAAUAAUAAAAUGCAAGAUGAGUUUUGUUAAACUAUUUUAAAAUAAAAUUUGUAACAUUCAACACAAAAUCAUGGAAGUACUAUAAAUAACUUUCAGAUUUCCUAUAUAUGUGUGUAAUUACAAAUAUCUAAAUGUAAAAUUAAUAAACUACAUUGUUGUGAAUUCCUGGAA